AUGCCGCAGCGUUGCGGCGUCUGUGGACACAACCAUGAGCAAAUGGCGUUUACGGCAUUCGAGUUUACGGUGCAGCGAUUCGACUGUCAAGGACAAGACGAAUCUGUCGCUGGUACAGUUGCAGCUUUGGAGCGCGCUAGUCUGACCUUGUGGACUUUUAUCAAGAUAUUGAGGAAGAGAAUCUUCCCCAACAUGGCAAAGAUUCUGCCGGACGACCCGAUAUCGCGGCAUUUAGUUUCGUUUGUUGGCGAUGGACCGAUGGGUGUCGCACGGUGGCGGCCAGUCUCCGAGGAAAACGGUAGCCAAGUGGCCCUUAUCGAGCAUUUCGGCAUCGUGGAACCUAAGCGGCGGCAGGGAUACGCAAGGAAGUUCCUUCGCGCAGUUGUUGAGGACAUUGAGGCAAUCUAUGCGAACCAGCCUACACAUCCACAAGCGCUAGUCGCAAAUGUGCCGCAGAACGACUCGUUCGCGGCGAUGAAGCUGUUCCAGUCAGUGGGAUUCCAGCCGGCGUCGCAAGUUGAGAUAGUGGAAGACAGUUCGUUCCUGCGGAUGCGGAUGGCCUGGGGCUGCUGUCGCCCAUGA